UUGAAAAAGUGAAGAUUCUUCCUUCCAAGAAAAGGGUUGUCAAGAUACUUCAUGAUGUUAGUGGAAUCAUAAAAUCAUCAAGGAUGACACUGCUUCUUGGGCCUCCUGGCGCUGGGAAAACUACAUUGCUGAAGGCACUUGCUGGAGAACUAGAAAAGGAUCUUAGGGUAUUGGGAAAAAUCACGUACUGUGGUCAUGAAAUGUCAGAGUUCAUUCCCCAGAGGACUUGUUCUUACAUCAGCCAGCAUGACCUUCAUCACGGAGAGAUGACUGUCCGAGAAACAUUGGAUUUUUCAGGACGUUGCCUAGGAGUCGGAACCAGAUAUGAACUCCUUGUCGAAUUGUCACAGCGAGAAAAAAAUGCAGGAAUUAAACCUGAUCCUGAAAUAGAUGCAUUCGUGAAAGCCACAGCAAUGGCGGGACAAGAUUCUAGUUUAGUCACAGAUUAUGUUCUUAAGAUACUUGGUUUAGACAUUUGCCCAGAUAUAAUGGUGGGAGAUGAGAUGAGAAGGGGCAUCUCUGGGGGACAGAAGAAGAGGCUCACAACUGGGGAAAUGUUGGUUGGACCAGCAAAAGUUUUCUACAUUGACGAAAUCUCAACUGGUCUUGACAGUUCAACUACAUUUCAAAUUGUUAAGUAUAUGAGACAGAUGGUUCAUAUCAUGGACGUUACAACGAUAAUCUCACUUCUCCAACCUGCACCUGAAACUUUUGAACUUUUCGAUGACAUCAUUUUGCUUUCAGAGGGACAAAUUGUCUAUCAAGGUCCCCGUGAAAGCAUCCUUGAUUUUUUCGAAAGUGUUGGAUUCAGGUGCCCUGAAAGAAAAGGAGUUGCUGACUUUCUGCAAGAGGUUACCUCUAUAAAGGACCAGGAGCAAUACUGGUUCAAGAAGAAUGAAUCAUAUCGCUAUAUCUCAGUGGCUGAGUUUGUGGAACGGUUCAACUCUUCCCACAUUGGGCAGAAGCUUUUAAAUGAUCUAUCAAUUCCAUAUGACAAAACUACAGCCCAUCCUGCUGCUUUGGUAACAGAUAAAUAUGGAAUAUCCCAUAUGGAACUCUUCAAGGCAUGUUUGGCAAGGGAAUGGUUAUUGAUGAAACGCAACUCUUUCUUGUAUAUAUUCAAGACAUUCCAAAUAACUAUUAUGUCAAUAAUUACCUUUACAGUGUUCUUUCGAACAGAGAUGAAAUCUGGUCAACUGGAAGAUGGACAAAAAUUUUAUGGUGCACUGUUUUUCAGCCUUACUAAUGUGAUGUUUAAUGGCACAGCAGAACUUGCACUGAUAGUUAUUAGACUUCCUGUGUUCUUCAAACAAAGGGACGCUCUGUUCUACCCUGCUUGGGCUUUUUCACUACCAAUUUGGCUUCUAAGGAUCCCACUCUCUCUUAUGGAAUCGUUAAUAUGGAUUGUUCUUACUUAUUACACUAUUGGCUUUGCUCCUGCAGCCAGUAGGUUUUUCCGCCAACUAUUGGCAUUUUUUGCUUUGCAUCAAAUGGCUUUAUCCCUCUUCCGUUUUAUUGCCUCCCUUGGAAGAACACAAGUUAUUGCCAACACUUUCGGUACCUUUUCACUGCUACUGGUCUUUGUCCUUGGUGGUUUUAUUAUUGCCAAAGAUGACAUUGAACCAUGGAUGAUAUGGGGUUGUUACAUUUCCCCUAUGAUGUAUGGACAGAAUGCCAUAGCCAUUAAUGAAUUUCUGGAUGAGAGAUGGAGUACUCCAAACACCGAUCCAAGAUUUCCCGAACCUACAGUUGGGAAGGUUCUUCUUAAGGCAAGGGGCAUGUUUGUGGAUGACUACAUGUAUUGGAUAUGUAUUGUUGCACUCCUUGGGUUUUCCAUUCUCUUCAAUAUCUGUUUUACUGUGGCGCUGACAUACUUGAAUCCCCUUGGUGAUUCGAAAUCUGUUAUUGUGAAUGAGGAUAAUGAGAAAAAGAAAGAUCCAGUCUCUAAUGAAAGAUCAACAACUGAGAGUACUCCAGCCUCUGCAGCUCCAAAGUCUGAAGGUAUAGAUAUGGCCAUCAGAAACAAGUCCGAAGGAAACAAUUCUGAAGAGAAAUCAACCAAGAAAAAAGGAAUGGUGCUUCCUUUCACACCCUUGUCUCUAGCCUUUGAUCACGUGAAUUAUUAUGUUGAUAUGCCCACCGAAAUGAAAAGGCAAGGAGUUAAAAAAUCUCAUCUUCAACUUUUGAGAGAUGUCAGUGGUGCUUUCAGGCCGGGAGUUCUAACGGCAUUAGUUGGUGUUAGUGGUGCUGGGAAGACCACCUUGAUGGAUGUGUUGGCAGGAAGAAAAACUAGCGGAUACAUUGAAGGAAGUAUCAAUAUUUCUGGUUAUCCGAAAAAUCAAUCAACUUUUGCUCGCAUCAGCGGUUACUGUGAACAAAAUGACAUCCAUUCUCCCCAUGUUACUGUUUACGAGUCCCUUCUAUACUCUGCUUGGUUGCGUCUUUCACAAGAUAUAAAUGAGCAAACACGAAAGAUGUUUGUUAAUGAAGUAAUGGAAUUGGUCGAGUUGAAUCCCUUGAGAGAUGCUUUAGUUGGCCUUCCAGGAGUAGAUGGUCUGUCUACUGAACAGAGAAAGAGGCUAACCAUAGCUGUAGAAUUGGUUGCAAAUCCAUCCAUAAUCUUCAUGGACGAACCCACAUCUGGUCUUGAUGCUAGAGCUGCUGCAAUUGUGAUGCGUACUGUACGAAACACCGUAGAUACAGGACGAACCGUUGUCUGCACUAUUCACCAACCAAGCAUAGAUAUUUUUGAAGCUUUUGAUGAGCUAUUGUUAAUGAAGAGAGGAGGACAAGUGAUUUAUGGCGGCUCUCUUGGUCAUCAUUCUUGCCUGUUAAUAGAAUAUUUUCAAUCUAUACCCGGGGUUCCAGAGAUCAAAGAAGGGUACAAUCCUGCUAUGUGGAUGCUUGAGAUCAGUACUCCUGCUGUUGAAGCUCAACUUAAUGUGGACUUUGCCGAAAUUUAUGCCAACUCUGAUUUAUACCAGAAUCAAGAAGUUAUCAAACAGAUCAGCUCUCCAGCCCCAGGUUGCAGUGACCUAUAUUUUCCGACAUUGUAUGCCCAGUCCUUCAUAUCUCAGUGCAAAGCUUGCUUCUGGAAGCAAUACUUUUCUUACUGGAGGCAUCCACAGUACAAUGCCAUCAGGUUUUUUUUGACAACAAUUAUUGGGCUUAUAUUUGGAGUUAUUUUCUGGAAGAAGGGAGAGAAAAUCUCUAAACGGCAAGACCUGAUGAAUUUACUCGGAGCUAUGUUUUCUGCUGUUAUGUUCCUUGGAGGAACAAAUACUUAUGCUGUGCAGUCGGUUGUAGCAGUUGAGAGAACUGUCUUCUAUCGUGAAAAGGCAGCAGGAAUGUAUUCGGCAUUACCUUAUGCAUUUGCGCAGGUGGCAAUAGAGACUAUUUACGUCAGUAUCCAAACUUUCAUAUAUAGCCUUAUCCUUUACGCCAUGAUCGGAUUCCACUGGCAAGCUGACAAAUUCUUUUGGUUCUAUUUCUACGUAUUUAUGUGUUUUGUCUACUUCACAUUAUACGGAAUGAUGCUUGUGGCACUCACUCCAAGUUACCAGAUUGCUGCAAUUGUCAUGACGUUUUUCCUCAGCUUUUGGAAUUUGUUCUCCGGCUUCCUUAUCUCGAGAACAGAAAUCCCAAUAUGGUGGAGGUGGUAUUACUGGGGUUCUCCAGUGGCAUGGACAAUAUAUGGGCUUGUGACAUCUCAGUUGGGCGAUAAGACAGAACCAGUAAAAGUGCCUGGCCUUGGUGAUAUUCCAUUAAAUGAUUACCUCAAGAGUUCCCUAGGAUUUGAACACAACUUCCUUGGAGCAGUUGCUGCUACCCAUAUUGCCUGGGCAGUCCUUUUCGGCUUUGUCUUUGCCUACGGUAUCAAGUACCUGAACUUCCAAAGGAGAUGAGGGGAAAUCUUGAAACACA